GUUUCUUCCGGGCCAAAGGACUUCAAACCCUCUACACCCAAAUUGAGGUUAAAGUUCCGGGAAAUUUUGAGUUAUUAUUCUAUUUGAACUUAUUAACUACAAAUCGCCUAUAUUAUUUCUUAUUUCAACAGUGGAUAUAUAACAUAAAAUACUCGAGACCCUACCCAUAUGGUUGAAUUUAUAUUUUAUCUUCCUUUCAUACAUGUUAUUUUACCCGUACUUGAUCCUGAUGUUGACUCCUCAGUCUUCCCGUUUUGGAAUUUUAUAUUUCUGUGCUGUUUGAUUGGAAUUUCCCCCAGCUUUACUUUUACUACGUCCCUUUUCUCUUCUCUCGAGUUUACGGGUUCAGAUUUUCUUAAAGAAACCUCAAGUUUAAGCUAAGAUUGCAAGAUUAGAAAGAUUCGUGAGUCAAGGGUUAGCUUGACUCUGUAUUUCACUGAAGGGUGAUCAAGUGGAAUGGAACAUUAUCCCUGAAGGGUGAUCAAGGGGUAGCUUGCGUAUGUUUAUAUACGUAAGGAGCUCCUUGUUAUAUUGCAAAUAAGCCAAUGGACUUUUAUCAUUGUCUAGUCUACUAUGAACUAUGUUUUGUCAAAAUUCUGAAAAUAUGGUAAAAAGUUACUACCUCGCUCUGAUAAAAAUUUUAGAAACAGGUCUAUUCUAACAGCAAAGAAGGAGUACUUGAAAAUGGUUCAAACGUAAGAUGCGAAGUUAGAUGUGAGGGAUACUGAUUUGCUAGGUAUCAGUUUGUAGGAUUAUGGUAACUGAGUUGUUUCCACUUUCCACGUUGGCUUUUACGACAUUAUUGUUUAUUGCAUUCUUACGUCCAAAUGUAUUUAUCUUGCACUUUAUGUUCAAGAUAACAUUGGUUAAUGGUCAUUGGCUCCUCUGGUUGGUUCAUAAUAUUAAAUGAUAUUGUCCUCUUCCUUAAUUUCUGGAAAGAAAUACAUGGAACCAUGAGGAAUUACAGGGAUGCAUAUUUCCUUCCUUUAAGUUAAAAGUAAGGUAACACAGUCGGGGUUGGUCUUAGUGCUUUCUACCUAGAAGGUUUCAAGUAUUACUUGUUCUUCCUUGCGUGCCCCGGAAGCAAACUAAACAAGAGUGUAAAGAAGGUUAUUAUUUAAGUGUCAAUACAAUUACAUGCCAGUUGUAAAUUACAAAAUAGACCAGGACCUCCGAAAAGUGAUAAUUGUCAUAAAGUUAAUUACUGGAAAGAACUGAUUCUUUGCUAUGACAUGUUAUAGUUUUCCAGGUAAGUGCUAGAUAAUGCGGACAUACCCAGAAAUCGUAUUUUAGGGGCUUUUCUUUAUUUUUUUUCCUAGAUAGUGGUUCCUUAGAAAAGGUUUUGCACAUCGCUACCCGAGUCCUCCAUUUUUUCUGCUCAGAGUAGUGUAUAUUACUAUGGGUGUAUGGUGGAGAAUUGAGAUCUGGUCAGAGUAGUGUAUGUUACUGUGUCAAUCGUGUAACAUUAAUGAAACAAUUUGGUUUCAUAUAAGCCCAUUGUAUGCUUUUCAACAUCUCCAAGUUUGCACAUUUUGAUUGAUGCCAUUGACGUUUAGCUAAAUGAGAAAACUGUAGCUGUUAAGUUUUGUUAGCACAAGCAGUCACUAUCAUCCCAGGUGAGUUGAACAAGGGCCAAAUGGAUCCAUUUUUUCUCAUUUUGUUGCUUCCUUAAACGCAACAGAGCAACGAUGGGCUUUUCCUAUUAAGGUCGCCAAAUGGGAGGAGUAACUAAAAGUAUCUUUUUUUGAUUAUGAACUUUAUGUCAACCUUGUAGAUGGUGGGCCAGCACGAAUUUAUAUUGGCUACUUUGUGGAGUAUUUGCUUAAGUUAUUUCCUUUUUUACCCUCAAAAACACUUGAAUUUGAAAAAGAAAUUGAUCCGAUUUUUUGUUUUUUUUUGCUGUCCAGAAGCCCAUAUGGGUCUUUAGUUCUGUUAUUAGUGACGAAAAAGUUAAUUUUGGUUUUAUUUGACAGAGGGCGCACUUGAAAAGAACCUAGCUCAAAUAGAAUUUAAUUGGAGGUUGUAUUUGAAGCUAGCUUCUGGUUCAUAGAUGAUGGAGUUGACGUGGAAGUUUAAGUUAUUAUUAGUAGUUGAAAAGUAGGAGGAGAAAACUUAUUGGGAAGUUUAUGUUCAAAGUCUUGGUCCUUGCAUUGUGGGGUCACAGGUGGAUGUUGACUCCUCUAGGCUCUAGCUAUCAUCAAAGUUGCUUUUCAGAAAAGAUAUCCUUAUUUAAAUACUGUUCAGCUUAGAAUUAUAAAUUUUCUUCGAAAUCUUUGCAUAAAGAGCAAGCACAUUUACAUCAAAAAGGUUUACUGCAGUGAAAUAUUAGCACCCUAUUAAAAUCAACCUGUGUUACUCUCUGAGAAAAAGAUGGUGGUAACCUUAUGCUGGGAUGUAGGAAUUAUAGAAAAUAUCAUGAUUCGGCAUAGAAAUUUAAACCUUAUGAUUGACAACUUCUGGAUCAGCAAAUUGUACAUAUUCCAUUGUCCAUUAUUCUUAUUAUCUUUCAAAGAAUCCUUUAUGUUUUAUAUUCUUUAUAAAAUGAGGACACAAAUAAUAAACAUUGGUUUGAUUGUUUGCUCAUGACCUGCAGUUAACGCUGUCAGCGGAAAAGUUGCGUGACCGGGAUAUCAUUUCCAAGAGUGAUCCGAUGGCUGUGGUUUUUGCAAAGAGGAGGGAUGGAACCCUUGAGGAACUUGGUCGGACGGAAGUGAUUAUGAAUAACUUAGACCCUGCUUGGAUUAAAAAAAUAAGUCUUGAUUAUCAGUUUGAGACUGUCCAACCAUUGGUCUUCCAUGUUUAUGAUGUCGAUACACAAUACCACAAUAUACCUGCGAAGAUGCUUAAGUUGGAAGCUCAAGAUUUUCUUGGGGAAACUACAUGUGUUCUCUCUGAGGUUGUUACCAGAAGAAACAGAACGUUGACUUUGGAUCUUCACAAUAGAAAUGGAUCUGGCUUGAAAAAGUUGGGUUCUCUGACAGUCCAAGCUGAGGAAACUUCUGCCUCAAGGAGUGCAGUAGAGAUAACCUUUCGCUGUUCUCACCUGGACAACAAGGAUUUAUUUUCUAAAAGUGAUCCUUUCUUAAGAAUCUCUAGGAUUGCUGAAAGUGGGUCUUAUAUUCCAAUAUGCAAGACCGAAGCGAUCAACAACAAUUUGAAUCCAGUCUGGAAACCAUUAUGUCUCACUGCCAAUCAAUAUGGGACCAAGGAUAACCCAUUGAUCAUCGAAUGUUAUGAUUUCAACAGCAGCGGGAAUCAUGUUCUUAUUGGAAAAUUGCAGAAAACGGUAGCAGAAUUGGAAAACCUUCACAAAACUAGGACUGGUGCAAAUCUUUUGUCCCCACCAACUCGUUUACGGGGAGUUGAAAAGGUAACUCAAGGUCAGCUUUUCGUGGAUGGGUAUGUUGAAAAGCCACUAUUCACUUUCCUUGAUUACAUCUCAAGUGGGUUUGAACUUAACUUCAUGGUUGCCGUGGAUUUUACAGCUUCAAAUGGAGACCCUCGUAGAUCAGACUCUUUGCACUAUAUUAAUCCGUCAGGUCAAUUGAAUGCUUACCAGCAGGCUAUUGUGGAGGUAGGAGAAGUUCUGCAGUUUUAUGACUCUGAUAGGCGCUUUCCUGCUUGGGGCUUUGGUGGAAAGAUGUACGGAGGUUCAGUUUCGCACUGUUUCAACUUGACCGGAAGCUCCACUGAGUUUGAGGUGACUGGAGUAGAAGGCAUAAUGGCUGCAUAUGCAACCACACUCUAUAAUGUCUCUCUUUCUGGGCCGACAAUGUUUGGUCCUGUGAUAACCAAGGCUGCAGAAAUUGCUGGCCAUUCCCUCUCUUUGAGCCACAACAAGUAUUUUGUCUUGUUAAUCAUAACUGAUGGGGUCUUAACUGAUUUGAAAGAAACUAUCGACUCCUUGGUGAAGGCAUCUGACCUGCCAUUAUCAAUCCUUAUUGUGGGAGUUGGUGAUGCAGAUUUUAAGCAAAUGGAGAUUCUGGAUGCUGACGGUGGACAGCGCUUAGAGAGUUCAACUGGAAGGAUAGCUACACGAGACAUUGUACAGUUUGUUCCCAUGCGCGAAGUAUACGGGAGACAGCUUUCAGUUGUUCAAUCUCUGUUGGAAGAACUACCAGGCCAAUUUUUAUCUUACAUGCGCAGUAGGGAUAUCAAACCUCAUCCCCUCAACCUAGGUCAGGCUUCUACCACGACAAAUCCUUGUGUGGUUUGA